UCACCCAGCAGCAGCAGCAGCAAAAACCCGACCCGGUUCUCCAGCAGCGAUCCGAGCCCGAACCUGACCAGGAUGACCGCAGAUCAGCGCUACGUGAUCAGCGCCAGAGUUGUUGGAGGAGUCCGCAGAGAGAAGCCCAAACUCAAGACCUACAUGGUCUCCGUCCUCUGGUCCGAUGAAGCUGAGGUGAUCAUCUACAGGUCCUUCAAGGAUUUCAGGAAAUUCCACAGAACGCUGAAGAAGAAGUUCCCUAACUUCAAUCCUCUCAAGAAGAACGACAGAAUGAUCCCCAAAUUCACCGGAAAGGCCAGAAGGAGCAGCCUGAAGCAGAAGGGGUCCAGGAAGUCUGUGAGGCAGAUGGUGUUCCUGGAGAGCUACUGCGAGCAGCUGCUGAAGUGCGAGCAGGACGUGACCCUGAGCCCAGAGGUGACCCGCUUCUUCACGCCCAAAGACCACGACCUGCAGACCGACUUCACCAAGAACAGCGUCAUGAUCCUGAUGUCUGGAGACGUGAGCGACGGAAGAGGAGGCGAGGCGGCGGACCGGCACCAGGUGGGCAACGUCACCCACCCGUUUGUCACCCAGACGUACCGCUGCAUCGCCCCCUACGACACCAAGGACACCAAGAACCGUCCGUUCAAGGUGGCAGCGGACGAGAAGCUGGACGUCCUGAUCAAAGACCCGGCAGGCUGGUGGCUGGUGGAGAGCGAGGACAAGCGUCUGGCCUGGUUCCCCGCGCCCUACCUGGAGCUUUCUGAAGGAGACCACGACGAAGAGAAGGGAGUGUUGGGAGGUUCUCUGCACUGUGCCGUGAGGAGCUUCUCCAGCUCCAACGCUGACGAGGUGUCCGUGUCCAUCGGCUCCGUGGUGGAGGUGCUGAGGAAGUCCGAUGACGGCUGGUGGCUCAUCAGGUGUAACGGGAAGGUGGGCUACGUGCCGUCCAUGAACCUGCAGCCGUACAGCAACCCGCGGCCAGGUGUGCACAGACACCUGCACUCCUCCUCCCUCAACCUGGCCACCACCAGGGAGUCCCGCGCCUCCCGACCACAGACCAUCAGCGAGGACGGCGGCGCCGACCCGGACGCCGGACGCCGCUCCUCGGUCCCGGCUCGGCGGCCCCGGGCCCAGUCCCUGGACGUCCUCUCCGACAGCUGGCUGCACCCCCAGGCGGAGCAGGACGCCUCCACCUCCAACAGCACCGACUCCAUCUUCUCCAGCUUCUCCUCCAGCAGCGACUCCUCCUCACCCCUGAGGGAGGAGGCGCAGGAGCCCGGCUCACCUGUCCAGGCCCCGGCGGCGGACGGCGGCUUCUCAAGUCGCCACAGCUCCCACUCCAGGUCCAGCACCGGAAGCUCUGGGUCUGCCGGGUCCAAAGGUGGCGAGGCGGCGCCGGUGGCUCCCAUGGUGCCGCAGAGACCGAAGCCCCAGGAGAUCCUGAGCCGCUGCAGCACCAUGACGCGCAAGGCCGCCCUGGCCACCAAGACCCGGCUCCAGGUGGAAGUGGACGGCGUCCACGGCCGCUAGCGGGGUCCAGUUCUGAUUGUUCUGAUGAUGGUCUAAGUUCUGAUGAUGGUCCAGGUUCUGAUGAUGGUCCAGGUUCUGUGUGACAUAAACUGCAGACACGGCCGUCAGACGGGUUUAUGCAGCUUUGCCAUUUUAUGUCCUCCUCAUGCCGGACGCGUCUAAGAGUUACAAAUGUUCCUUUGCUGAACUGCUGAGUUUGCAGCGUAGCUUCAGUGAAGCACUGAGUGGGAGCCGGCAGAUGGAAAGUUCUACUGGUUCUGGUUCUGGUUCUGUUCGGGGCCGCGGGACUGAACUGUUCAAUGUUAGAUUUGCUUCCUUGUUAUCCUCACCGUUCCUCUGUGAGCACUUUAGGGUCCGUGUUCUGUGUUGAAGCAGGUUCUGAUGAAGCAGGAGGCGGGCCUGCUGUUCUGCUGCAGCAGGUCCAGCUCUUCCUCUUCCUCUUCUUCAUCCUUUGUUUUCUCUGUUAAAGCCUGAAACUUUCACUGAUGAAAUAAAAGCAGGUCAAUAAAACCCGUUUGGACUCCAUGUUUGACUCCACUGUUACAGCACAAGCACCAGAAGUUUACAUACACUCUGAGUUUGGGUCUGCUGAUCGUAUCAAACAUGCUGGAUGGUGUUUCAGCAGAACUUAAACUGGAUCACAGCUGCAGAUGCAGCCCAGCUUGGUUCUGA